AUGCCACUCAAUAUCCUCCUCGAGGGCCUAAAAAUCAGGCCAGACACGGAAACGGUCGUCGUCAUGAAGCGACCGCGGCUUACCAAGGGCGUGCUCUGCCUCGUCGUCUUGCCCAUGGUUGACGCCUCCAACUGGGCCGAAAUCAGCGGCACCAAGCAGACCAACGCGGCGAUCGAGCCGGGCACUCCAUGGACGCGGCGCUGGGGCCAUGCGGCAAUUUCGCAGCUCUUUUCGGCGGCCGAGACCGCGGCAGGAAAGCUCAGCCGCAUCUACAUCCUCGGUGGCGACGACCGCAUGCAGUUGGCGACGAUGGACAAGGACUUCCGCGCGUACCCGGGCGGCGGUUCGUUCCGGAACGAUGUGUGGGCCACAACCGGCAUUGUCUGGAACUCGUCGAUCAACAUCUUGACGUUCAACCAGUGGGGCGAGCCCGCGCCGCAGAUCGUGGCCGAGCUCACUUGGAGCCAAACGAACGCGGGCAAGCUCCCGCCGCCAGGCGUUCUCUACAGUGACUGGAUUGCGUGCUUGAGUGCGCCGUGGAACCCGUACCCGCCGAGUGGCUGCGACGAUCCGACGACCGCGCCCGGCGAGUACAUUGCCGACGCGAUGUUUUCACCGCGGCGCAACUUUGCCGCCCUCGCCUUCAACAACCAUUUGUAUGUGUUUGGCGGCCGUGCGCGGGAGCUCCUGCCGGUGCCGAUCGCCGACACGAUUGGCAUGGCGCCGCGCGCCGAGCGCUGGAUGGAGUAUGCGAUCCUCAAAAACGACGUCUGGAAGAGCCACGAUGCAGGCGUCUCGUGGUCGCUGGCGACGAUCGGGUGCGCGAUGCCAACGGCGCUCGAGACGUACAAGGCGGGCGCGCAAUCGUUCCAGUGCACGACCCAGAAAGACUGUUUUGGCGACAGCAAGUGCAAUUUCGAUCCGGUCACGCUCACAGGCACGUGCGUCUGCAACAUGUGGUCGCCGCGCGAGUACCAUACGGUGGUCGCGCACUUUGGCACGUUGUUCCUUGCGGGCGGCUACACGUCGGUGCAAAGGAACCUCUGCGGGCCCGAGAUCGCCAAGCGGCCGCUCGGCCACGAGUUUGCGUGUGGCGGCGACUAUCGACAAUUCAUGAACGACGUAUGGAUGUCGCCGGACGGCCAGCGCUGGGUGCAGCUGACGCCGAGCGCGGCGUGGAGCGGCCGCGGCGAACACGCCAUGGCCGGGUGGCAAGGCAGUCUCUGGAUCUUUGGCGGCCGCGACCGCGACGCGAGCAGUCCAACCCUCCAAGGCUUGCGCAACGACGUGUGGCGCAGCGUCGAUGGCAUCAACUGGGUCCUCGAUACGCUCCACGCCGAGUGGUCGCCACGCGCGAAACUGAGUGUUGUCCCCGUCCAUGCGCCGAACGAGAGCUACCUCAUCGCCAUGUUUGGAGAAAACGACAAUGAGUUCCUUGGCGACGUCUGGACGCGCGCAGCGAACGCGUCGCGCUGGUCGCUCGACUUUGGACCGAGCACGGAGCACGCACUGUACGUGACGCCGCAAAGCUCGGUGGCCUUGCUCCAAGGCAUGGCGCCAACCGAUGUCCGCACGCUCGAAGCGGCUGCGAUUCGUGUCAUCGCCGACCUCACGGACCUCGCUCCGAGCACGGUGAUCCAACUGCGCACGGUACACAACGUGCCCAUUUGCGACUACAUUGCAGUCGCCAGACUCGUCGUCAAGCAAUGCACGAUCGCGCCCGUGGGCUACGACGGCGCCGAGUGGACCGACGUGAGUGUGCUCCAAGGCGCGAACGCGGUCGCCAACGCCGACGCCUCGGCGGCAGCGGCGGCCGCCGCCGCGGACAGCGUCUGGGACGGCUGCUCGCACCAAGGCACGCCUAUCUUUGACUGGAUCACGGGACUCUACAAGUGGCCCGACGUGGGCAGCGUGCCGCAGGUGGACACUAAGGACCCGUUUCCGAACGUCCAAGCGUCGGUGUGCCGGUGGACCCCGACGCCACGCUCGUCGCACGCGUCGACCGUGCACAAUGGCACUGUGUACGUCUUUGGCGGCAAGGUCGACAACCAGCUCUUUGAAAACGACGCGUGGUACCGAGAUCCAACGCUACCGACGUCGUUCUUUACGCUCACGCCCGAGUCGUCGACGUCGCAGACGAUCUUUCAGUUUCGAAGCGCCAAGGCCGGCACGAUCUUCCAGUACCAUGUGAUCGACCUCGUCGAGAUGCUCGUGGUGCGGAAUUGGACCGACUGCCUCGGCGAAAUCGACGUGGCCUCGUGGCUCGACGGCGGCUACCACCGCAUUCGGCUCCGCGCGAUCGACGCGGCUGGCAACGUCGAGUCGCGCUUCGAGGCGGGUCGGAAUCUGUACGACUGGACGUACGUGCCCGCGCUGCCGUGGAACCUCAUCAUUGGCAUGAUUGCGCUCUGCGUCGUGCUGCUCGCGGGCCUCUUCCUCGAGUGGCGUCGCCGGCGCAAGCAGGCGGCCAUGGAGCGCUACGCGAUGAAGCGCAUGCGCCGCAAGAUGCGCGGCGACAAGAAGGGCGGCAACAAGGACGUCAACUGGCGUGCCACGUACGACGAGGCCAAAGACGGGCAAAAAAAGAAGAAAAAAAAGAAGGAAAAAUCCAAGCCGGACAAAAAAGGCGCCAAACCCGACAAGGAGAAAAAAGCCAGUGCCGCCAAGAAGAGCAAGAAAUCGGACACCGGCAAGGAAAAGCCCAAGAAGGAUGUCGGCAAGGAAAACACCAAAGAGGCUGUCGGCAAGGAGAAAAAGAAGAAAAAGAAGCCCUCGGACGCAACCGCCAAGGUGGCGCCGGCCGCCAUGGACGACGACCGACGCAUGACCUUGCCGACGGCCGACGCGGGCGCCGGCGAGAUGAACACAACGAACAUGACCAUGAACAUGACGACGACAACGAUGGAGGACGACCGGCCUGGGAGCAUCCCGCUGACGUCGAGCACGAUGGCGCUGUCCCGGCAGCUGCUGCCGACCGAGGUGUGCACGCUCUGUCCCGUCCUCAUUGGCACCUACACGGUCGACGAGAACGGCGCCGCGCUCUGGACGGGUCGCUGGGCGAUGCUCGAGGCCGAGUAUGCGAAUGGCAUCACGUCGCUCUUUGAGAUGAAGUCGAAGAAGGGCCAUGUGACCUUGGACGGCCACGGCGACAACGUGACGGACGAAGACGAGAACCGCGCGUCGCCGUCGCCGGCAUUGGACGAGCCGCCGAAAGAUACGGUCGUCAUGGAGCGGUCGUUCGAUGGUUUCUUCCAGAUCCAGACGUUGAAGGGCAAACCCAACACGGUGCCCGAGAAGGACGUGGUGCUCUCGUUCUACAAGUGCAGCGUCGACCAUGCGUACCUCGUGCGCGGCAACGGCGAGAACCGGUUCGGCGCCUUUACGCUGCAAGGCGUGCUCGACGACGCGACCAAGGUCAUGCGCCUCUACAAGGCCUACAAGCCGAAAGAUAAGACGCCUGUCGCCAAGCGCACGCGCCCCAAGCCCGCGCCUGCGUCUGUCACGAAAGCGCCAGCGUUGAAGAAGCAGAAGAAGGCGCUGCCAGGCUCGACGCCCAUGUCCGAAUACAACUCGUCGGCGCCCGGCACGCCGGACGUUGAACUCACGCACGUGAUCGUGCCCCACACCAAGCUCUCGUCGGUGAUUUCGAUCUCGUCGGGCAACUCGUCUCCGCUCAUCUCGUCGCGGAAUCGGUCGGAGCGAAAGCGCGUGAUCCCUGCCCAUCUGCGAGACGAUGCUGGCGUCGACCGCGACCGCGCGCCCGUCAUGCGCAAGUGCCUCAGCACGUUGAAGACGCUCAUGGGCAACCCGAAGGCGCUGCCCUUUCUCGUGCCUGUCGACCCCGUCGCGCUCGGCAUCCCCGACUACUUCAACGUGAUCAAGGACCCGAUGGACCUUGGCACGAUCCGGUCCAACUUUGAGUACGGCGUGUACGCCGAGCCCGAGUACUUUGCGAGCCACGUCCGGCUCGUCUUCAAGAACGCGAUGCUGUACAACGCGCCGCACACGCAGGUGUACGUCUUUGCGCAGAAGCUGCUCGAAGACUUUGAGAAAAAGUACAAGAGCAUGCUCAAGAACGAGUCGGCGGCCGCCAAGUCGCGCAAGCACGGCAACACGUCGGACGGCGAAGGCUCGGUCGACAGCAACCGCGCCAAGAAGUCGAAGCGGGCGUCGCUCACCAAGAACCAAGAGAUCCAGUCGCUCAAGCAAGAAAUUGAGAAGAUGAAGGUGAUUGUGCAAGAGAUGGCCUCGGGCAAGGGCACGCCGCCGCUCGGCACGCCGAUUGGCGGCAACCCGAUCAAGACGAGCAAGCCACGACCGUUCAAGAUGCAAGACAUGACGGAAGAGUACCUCUCGCGACCCAUGACGGCGACCGAGAAGCACAAGCUAACGGCCGACCUCAAGGAGCUUCCCGAAGACAAGCUCUCGCGCGUGCUGCAGAUCAUCUCGGAGACGGUGCCCUUGCACACAAUCACGCAGGGCGACGACGAGGUCGAGCUCGACAUCAACAUGUUUGAUACGCGCUGCCUCCGCAUGAUUGAAGGCUACGUCCGGGAACAAAACAUUGCCAAGAAGCGCAAGCGCCCAGCCAAGCGACCCAGCGUCAAGGGUGCCUCGGAGAGUCGCUUGCAGUACGCCAAGGAAGUCGCCGAGUCGGUCAAGUCGCGCCACGAACAGCUCAAGAGCCAACUCGCUGCCAUUGAGGGCGAGACGUAUGUGCCGCCGCAAGAAGUUGUUGCGGCGCCGGUGCCGGUCCCGACGAUUGAACACAGCUCGUCGGGCAGCUCGUCGGACAGCUCGAGCUCGUCGGACGACGAUUCGGACAGCAGCGACUCGGACACGGAGCGGCCUUUGCAAAAGUCGCCUCCACUUGUAAGUGCCUCUGCUCUGACCUCCUCUGCGGAGAUUAGCAGCACCGUGGGUAAGCAUGGCACUCAUAUGUGUGGUAGGUUAAUCUGUGUGUGCAGUGGAGGGCGAUACCGAGCCAUUGAAGGUCGAGAAUCACUGCGCGUGGACCAAGCUGGCGUCGAUGGACGCACGGGGCUGUUGCCGAUCCAGUCGAACGAGCACGCGUCGAGCUCGCUCUGGCUCAAGGCCCAAGCCGAAGAACAACAGAAGCUCCAGAAGGAACAACGCAAGGACUCGCAGUCGUUUGCUGACGACAUUGCGCAACAGAAACAAAAGGAGAUGGAAACACGCAUGAGGGAGAUGGAACGGGAACGGGAAGAAGCAGAGCGGAAGAAGGCCGAGGAAGCGGCGGCCGAGAUUGCAGCGCGGGAAGCGCGGCUGCGGGAGCAAGAGAAGGCGCUGGCGAGCCAGCGGGCACAGGAGAGGGAGAAGCUGCAGCGGGACAUUGUGGUCGAUCUCGCACCGGACACGCAGUUCCGCGAAGACGUGGCGCAGUUUGGGACGGCCUCUUUCUUUUGA